UAAUCAAUCAACGGCCAAGAUCCACCCACGGCAUAGGCAAAUCUACUCUAUAUUUUUCUACUUAGAGAGUUUGAGGUAGCUUACUGGAAAACACCGGUGAGUGGUUUUGCUGCAACCCCAUUCUCUUCAAUAACUCACUCAAAGGUUUGGGUUCAAGUCUUCAGGCAUGGCACUGACUUUAUAUGCAGGGGAAGGCAAUAAAAAUGCGGCGAAGGCAUUCAUUGCUGCUGAAUAUGUUGGUGUAACAAUUAACCUAACUCCUAACUUUCAGAUUGGUGUAACAAACAAAACGCCAGAAUUUCUUAAGAUGAAUCCUAUUGGCAAGAUUCCAGUUUUGGAGACACCUGAUGGGCCAAUUUUCGAGAGUAAUGCCAUUGCACGUUAUGUUGCGCGACUGAAGGGGAAUAACACUCUCUUUGGGUCUUCCCUAAUUGACUAUGCCCAUAUCGAGCAGUGGAUUGAUUUUUCUUCUGGGGAAAUUGACAUAAACAUCAUGCGAUGGUUAUUUCCUCGAAUGGGAUUUGGAGUUUAUCUUCCUCCGGCAGAGGAAGCUGCAAUUGCUGGACUCAAAAGAGGUUUAAGCGCAUUGAAUACUCAUCUGUCUGCUAACACCUUCCUUGUUGGUCAUUGCAUAACCUUGGCAGACAUUGUUAUGACUUGCAACUUGCAUCUGGGUUUUUCUCGUUUUAUGACCAAAGAUUUUACAAAAGAAUUUCCUCAUGUUGAAAGGUACUUUUGGACCAUGGUCAAUCAGCCAAAUUUUAAGAAGGUUUUGGGCGAGGUUAAGCAGGUAGAUGCUGUUCCUCCAGUUGUGCAAGCUAAUAAAAAGGCCGUUCAAGCUAAAGAGCAAAAGCCAAAGCCUAAGGAAGAGCCCAAACAUGAAUCUGCAAAGCCCAAGGUUGAAGAUCCUCCAGCAGGGGAGGAGGAGGAGGAGGCACCUAAGCCAAAACCCAAAAACACUCUUGAUCUUUUGCCACCCAGUAAAAUGAUUCUUGAUGAGUGGAAGAGACUUUACUCAAACACAAAAACCAACUUCCGUGAGAUUGCUAUCAAAGGUUUUUGGGAUAUGUAUGAUCCAGAAGGAUACUCCUUGUGGUUUUGUGAAUACAAAUACAAUGACGAGAAUACUGUUUCAUUUGUUACAUUGAACAAAGUUACAGGAUUCUUGCAACGUAUGGAUCUUGCACGCAAGUAUGCAUUUGGGAAGAUGCUUAUCAUUGGCCAAGAUCCUCCAUUCAAGGUGAAGGGACUGUGGCUUUUCCGUGGCCAAGAGAUUCCAAAGUUUGUUAUGGAUGAGUGCUAUGAUAUGGAGUUGUAUGACUGGACUAAAGUGGAUGUUAAUGACGAAGUUCAGAAAGAACGUGUUAAUGCUAUGAUUGAAGAUCAAGAGCCCUUUGAAGGUGAGCCUCUGUUAGAUGCCAAAUGUUUCAAGUGAUCUAAUCCCUUGAAUACCAGUUUUGAUCUUGCUUUAAGGUAUAUCCUACUUUUGUUUCCACUUCAGCUACUGGUUUGAAUAUUGAGAACUUUCAAAGGCAAUUUCUUAGGGAAAUUUGCCUUGUAGAGAAAUGAGAUAUAUUUCUAGUGUAAUAAAUUAUUUAUUUUGAGUA